GGUAACAAUAUUAGUGCCAGACUAUCACCAAGUGGAUACGUAAAUGGUAGUAAUACAACUCCUAAAACAUCGAAUGGUAUAAAAACAACGCGGACCAUUACCUGGACCAAAGACACCAUACUUAACGAAAAAAUGUCGUUCACGAUGAGAAGAGAGAUAGACAAGGCGAGAGAAGAAACUGAUCUCAUCAACCAACUAAGAAACAUUAUCGAAACCAGACUGAAGAUGGCGCUUCCAGAGGACCUAGCUUCAGCGUUGACAGAUGGCGUCGUGUUAUGUCAUUUGGCCAAUCAUAUUAAGCCUAGAUCGGUAGCGAGCAUACACGUUCCGUCUCCAGCAGUUCCUAAAUUAACAAUGGCCAGGUGUCGAAGGAAUGUAGACAAUUUCAUUGAAGCCUGUCGCAAAAUUGGUGUAGAUGAGGCGUUCCUGUGCACCACCCUUGACGUCACCGAGGGCCUAAACGGCAGAGGACUGUCUCGUUUGGUCGACACAGUCGAAGAUCUGUGUAGAAUAGAAGAAAAACAACGAUUGGCUAAGAAAUAUACUGCAGAAGAAUCGAAGCUCGAUAAAAGUAACGUUAGGAAAGUGAGGGGGCCUCCUACGAUGUGGGAUACCGCAGUCUCACUCGUGCUUCUGUCAGUGUUCCUCGGCACUGUGGUGCUACUGAUUCUGUUCCCACCGCCUAAUUAAAAACAAACAGUAUUUUCUCUAAGGAAUUGGUUAUUUUAUAAAGGAAAUUUUGAUUUACGCACUCAAUAUAGUUAAAAUUCAAGUCACGAAGUUGAAUUUUGUAUUCAGCUUUUACUUUCUUUAUGGAUUGAUUUUAACUAUAUAUAUAAUAAUUUCAGUUAAUCAUGGUUUUUUGAGUAAGUAUUGAAAGUUCUUAAAGCAUGUACAGUCGUCGUACAACUUUACUUCGUUAUUAUUUAUCUAAUAUCCGUUUUAGGGUAUAUCUGAGAUCAGUUCAUAUUGGUUAAAAAAUUUAAACUGCGUUCGGAAGUUACUAGUUGAGUGCGUUCCAACUUAACGUUGUCAAACAUGUUUGGCAACGGAUUUAAAUUUUGUUUGACAGCACAACCGAUUUUUAAUUUUGAACUAAUCGAUAUCUGUUAACAGUUGAAUGAUGGUUGUACAGAGUAUACAAAUAAUGCGUGUAAUAAUAAAUUAAUAUUCUGAGAAUUAAUUUUUGGUUUUGGAAGCUGUUUUACGUUAGUCAAUAGUUUUAUAUUAUUAUAGUAAGUUAUCAUCUGUGGAAACAAGGCUUGAUAUAUUCAUUAUAUAAAAUUAAUGUAACAAUUAUAUUGUGUGCGUAAAUAUACUUAUGGCAUUUAACUAUUUAUAAAAAAGUAUUUAAGGACACAUUCCAUUUACAACCAAAAUUUAUUAUUCAA